AAUUUCUAGACAGACGGCGCUAUAGAAAUGCCUACGAUUAUUAUUAUCUGUCUUGCUUCUUUAGAUUUGGCAAAGCAUUUUCCUUCAUCAUCAUAACCAUCAUCCAUCUCCUCCACCAUGCCGAGAGGAAAGAAACCUGACGGCCUGGAGAUGAAUAAUCUCCAGCUGAAGCCAGGCGAGACGAGCCCUCGAUCCCCUCUGACCCCGACGAUCAAACUCUCGCGACCUCCCAGCAGCAGCAUCGAGCGCAAAUCCAGCCUGUCCUACAUGUUCGUCAAUGCAAACGAGGAAGCAGACUUGGUUAAUGGUGGGUUCAUCACCAACGACAAAGUGUCAAACAAUCAGCAGCAUCAGCAUCAGAAUGGAAAUGGAGCUGCUGAUGCGAGCCGAGGAGCUAACAGUGCACCGCCCUGCAAUGGCCACUCCCCUGUGGAGUCCUGGACUCAGUCUGUGUCACCAGCCAGCAACCACUCCAACGGGGAUGUCCACAACAGUCAUAAUCACAAAAACAAGAAUGGAGCUUACUCGAUAUCAAAAUGUCUGAUGCCUCCAACCAAGAGAUCCAAAUCCAAGAGACACAGCCUGCCCUUGCCCGGCUUUGUGGAAAGCAGCAGUCUCAAGUCAUCAGAUGAUGAGGCAGACGCACCACAGCGGAUCACACUGGGGAAUGGAGGCAGCACCCAUAGUGUGAAUCUGCUCCCCCACAGCAUGCCGUCUCCAACCAAGAGCAACGCAUCACCAUGGAAACGGUGGUUCAAGAGGAAGCCUUCCAAUGCGGGCAGUGAGCAGAGCAGCUUCAGUGAUGCAAGCUGGAUGAGCAGCGCUGAAUACGAUGAUGCAGACAACAAGAAACCCAAGCUGUGGAAUCUUGCCAGGUCCAUCACAAAACGAGUUAGCAAACUCAAGAACAACGAAGUGGCACCAAUGCCUCAGAACACCUUAGCUCCUCCAGAGCCCACUGCUACUGCAGAUGAUAGUCUGAAGCCGACCAGCACUCGUAGGCGCCUGGACUCCUUUGCCCCGAGCAGCAUCGGAGACGUGGCUGAGGAGAUCCAUUUCAAGACCAGCAGGUUUGGACUCAUCACGAGAUGCUGGGAGAGAAUCAAAUCAGUGAGGUUCCCAGAGUACUUUGACCCUCUCGGUGGCUUAUGGUUGUUUUGGCUGAGCGUUGUUACCAUGGCGUUCCUCUACAACGCUAUCGUCAUCUUCCUCCGUGGUGCAUUCCAGGAAAAGUACCAGAACAAAAACAACUUAGGCUAUUGGCUGACUUGCGACUACCUGUGCGACUUCAUCUACAUCAUAGACAUGCUGCUCUUCAGGGCUAGGCUUAUGUUCUUUCAGGCUGGUCAGGGCAUUACUGAUAAGAGAUGCAUGUUGACACACUACACAUCAUCUACACUUUUUAAGUUUGACUUGUUUUCCCUGCUGCCCUUGGACCUCUUCUACUUCUCACUCAACAAGGUGGAACCACUCCUUAGGCUGCCACGCCUUUUUAAGUUCCAUUCCUACUUGGAGUUCUCACAGAAGUUUGAGAACAAGUCCAAGUCAGCCCAUGGCAUCAGGAUAUUUCGUAUGGUCAUGUACCUACUGUACAUGAUCCACCUGAAUACCUGCCUCUACUAUGCCAUCCUGUUUUGGGAAGGGAUACGACAAGACGAUAUAGCAAUGGCGAACGACUACUGGGUCUACCUGGAUCCAAAAGUAGAUGUGUAUACAAAAUGCUUAUUCCGGUCGGCGAAGACGCUCAUUGUUAUCGGCAAUCUGCCCCCACCAAAUACCAACUCCCAGAUCAUCUUCAUGAACAUUGACUUCAUAGUGGGCGUGUUCGUCUUUGCCUCCAUGAUUGGUCAGAUGAGGGACAUUUCAGCCAAGGCCGGAGCUACCAAGGAUCAGUUCCGCCGCCAGAUGGAUGACACCAUGAGCCUCCUGCAGGUGUGGAAGAUUCCAGAAGCAGUACAGAAGAGAGUCCGCACGUACUACAUCUACUCCUGGGAUCAAGGAGCUGUAUUAGAUGAGAGAGAUCUUCUACUUGGUGUACCUAUCCGUAUGCAGACUGACAUAGCCAUCAAUGUUCAUAUGGAUACUCUCAGUCGGGUCUCCCUCUUUCAGGACUGUGAUAAGAUGCUGCUCCGUGAUCUAGUUCUCAAGCUUCGACCUCUUGUGUACCUGCCGAAUGAAUACAUCUGCCGUAAAGGAGCCGUUGGGAAAGAGAUGUACAUCGUUGUGGAUGGAAGUGUUCAAGUCCUUGGAGGGGACAAGAAGGUGCUUGCUACCCUUCAACCUGGCAGUGUGUUUGGUGAAAUCAGCCUCCUGAGUGUUGGUCAUGGUAAUCGUCGUACAGCAGAUGUUGCUGCUCCUGGCUUCGCCAAUCUCUUUGUGUUGGACAAGAAGGACCUCCAGGAAGUGGUAGUCAACUACCCAGAUGCCCAAGAGAGUCUGAAGAGGAAAGCAAGGGAGAUCCUGAAACAGAACCAAGCAAGCGAUUCAAAGAACAAAAAGAGGCGAGGGAAAUCACUGAUUGCCGAGUCCAUUCUCACCAGGGAUCCAGAAACCACGCCAACGUUCUUCAACGCCGUGCUGCAGAUCGCUCGCAACAAGCGCAUCACUGCCACCAUCCUCAAGGGCUCCUUCAACAUGAAUAAUGAAGACGAAGAAGACGAGUCUAGAUUCGCCUUCUACUCCUCCAGUGACAUCUCUACAGAUGAGGAGGGAGAGAUUCCUAUCAAGAAGAGAAAGCGGCCUAGGUUCCUCAAGAAGAAGGGCCUACUGAAAGAUGCUCUCAAACUUGGCAGUACUGAAGGAGGAGGAGGAGGCAGCUCUUCAAUGGACUGCCCAUCAGACAGUGACUGCCUUGAGCCUACGUCUGUGCUCGUUCACCCCAUCCCCAAGGAGCAACCCAACAUUACCAGUGCCCCUACCCUCCCCAACCAGAUCCCAGACACCUUCCCCCUGUCCCUCCCGUACCUUGACCACGCCCUGCCCUCCCCCGGUCUCUCCUCCUCCAUGGUAACGGACAAUGACCCUCUGGAGGACGACGAAGAUGCGCAUGACAGUGGGGUGGAUGUGCCCCUGGAUGGGAGCGCUGGGGCGCUGACAGGGGGCAGCUUUGACUACCCUGGGGAGCCUGAUGGACUGGCCCUGGAUCCUCCUGGACGGCGCAAGGAUGUGAACCCUCCAGACAGACCAGAGGUUGCACCCAUCAGGAGUGAGCCUCAGAUAGAACUCUCCCAUGAUGAGGAACAGACACCAAGGGAUAAUGAAAGCACCACAGCAGAGCAGGAUGAAAUUGAAGAAAUCGAUGCAAGCAAAGAAGGACAUGGGUCCACCCCAUCUCAUCGGGAAAGCAGGACUACCACACCCAGCCCCACCAAGACUGCACCACUGAGGCGCAAGACUACACCAUCAGAGGAACCCUCUGUACCACUGAGGCGCCAGUCAACACCAGCAGUACCAACAGGGGGUUCACCAUUGCAGCAGCCGUGGAUGCAGCAGCGCCCGUCACAGAUACCGAAGGUGCUGCUUCAGCGCCAGGCGACACCGGCAGCAGAACCCGAACAAGUGUGGUCACCGGCACACCGUGGCAACCCGGAAAAGAGGGAUAAAGAUUUCAGGGUGAAGAUAGAGCAUUCCAGCAGUGAGAAAGAAGAUGAGGAGGAGGAGGAAGAAACAAAGAGGAGAGUCAGUGAAGAUAGUGGGAAAGAUGCCAGGAAGGAGGAUGUAGAUACUACCGAGAUGGGCACAAAGGAUGAAGUUAUUGACAUCGAAGAGGAAAAGAAGAGUGAUGAGCAACAAGAAGAUCAAGUACCUACCCAAGAGAACGAGGGGUCAUCGGUUGACCCUCCUCCACAUGAUGACAAUAAAGCAAGUGGUGCACAUUCUAAAAAGACAUCCAAGAGGUCAUCUGGGGAGUCCAGUCAGCCAAAGGCCUUCAAACCUAACAUCCAGUACAACCCUCGGUCCAUCUACGCCUCAUCAGCACGUACCGACAGACCAAAGUCCAAAUCAGGAAGCAAGUCAGGGAAGGGCAAGAAACAUAGCCAUGGAGAUAAGCAGAAGAAGGAGUAACUAUAUCAUCUGUGUGUGCUCCAAAUGGAGAAAAUAUAUUGACAAUGCAUCUGCCUCUGAUGUACCUCCAAAUAGGGGGAAAGAGAUACUGUAUAAAUUUGUAUACAAAUUAGAAGUAAAAUUGUAUAAAAGCUAUUGAUAUUUAUGACAUAGAAUUUGUAUCAAAUUAUUAAUUAGAUAUAAAAAGCAAUGUUGAUAUACAUGUAGAUGCAGAAUUUUGGUUUUCAGAACUGGAUUGGGAGACUGGUGUAUCUGUUUCUGCAAUAAAGCCGAUAAGGAAAAGAAAGUUGUUACAUAUCUGCUAUGAGUGGAUAACGUAAUACAAACAUGUUGUGGAUCUAUUUAUCAUAGUAUUUCGAGACACUUUGAAUGAGCAGUACAAGGUAUACCUAUUUAGGUGCCUAACUGACUAAAAAAUCAUGAGAAAUGAAUAUAGGAAUACAGAGACAGUUAUGCUAUUGAUAAAGUGGUGAUUUGAAAAUAACGAAAAAGAAUUUGUAAAUCAUUCUUUGAUUUGCAAAAAACAUCUGCACUUCGAAGAACAUAGUUGUUAUAUUGAAAAUCCAUCGAUUUCAUAGCUAUUUAUUGAAGUUUAUAUAUCUGAAAUUGAUCAAAAAGUGCAAUCGGACAACUUAGGGUCAGUAUUAAUCAUGCCAUCUGUAAGACAAUGCGCAUGCUUUUACCAGUGCAAUAACAACUGCGUGCAAAAUUCAAGUACAUGCAUGUUUGCUGUAAUUCAGAGCUAUAUAUUUAUUUAAAUUAUAUUUAUUUGCAAUUGUU